AUGCUUCUGUCCCUGAACAUGACUGCUAUGGAUUUAAAUCAAGAAAAAAUUGACUACAAAACCAAGCUCUACAGCUAUGUACGUAAAGUGCAUUACACAGACCAGUUUGGGACGGAAAAGUUCUUCAAUGAGAGAGGAGAGAUCCCCAGCGUCUACAGUCUGACCAACUGGAAAUUAGUAACAAAACUAAGAAAUGUUGAAUUAGAGAAACGUAUUAUUGGGAAGGUGUAUAAAGCUCCUUCUGACAUCUGGCACUUCCAUAUCUUUGAAAGACAAAUCAUUUGGAAAAAUGGCAAACUAUUAUUAUUUCUUUCCCAGGUUCCAAAGGCUCGAUGUAAUGACUAUUGUCUUCCAGGAUCCAGAAAAGCCCCUGGUAGAGGGUAUCUCACUUGCUGCUACCGCUGUGUCCCAUGUUCAGAGGGGGAAGUGUCCAAUGAGAUAGACAGCAAUAACUGCCAGAAGUGUCCUGAUAACAAAUGGCCAGACCAGAAAAGAAUGAAGUGUAUUCCAAAGAAAUAUGACUUCUUGUCGUAUGAAGAUGAUAUAAUGGCUCCAAUCUUUUCCCUUUUUUCUGCAUUAUUUUCAGUGAUAACAAGUUUUUCACUGGGAAUCUUUAUCGCUUUUCGGGACACCCCUAUUGUCAGAGCCAAUAACCGGAACCUCAGCUUCCUCCUCCUGGUGUCCCUCAUGCUGAGCUUCCUCUGUGUGUUUCUGUUCCUCGGUCGCCCUGUGGAUAUAACCUGCAGGCUGCGACAAACUGCUUUUGGGGUCAUCUUCUCAGUCGCUGUGUCUUCUUUGUUGGCCAAGACCAUCAUGGUUUUCAUAGCUUUCAACGCUACCAAACCUGGCAGCUCCUGGAGAAAAUGGAUGAAGGUCAAAGUGUCAAAUUCUGUUGUUCUGGCAUGCUCCUCUAUCCAGAUUUUGAUUAAUGUUGUGUGGUUGUCAAUUUCUCCCCCCUUUCAGGAGCUGGACAUGCAUACAUCACCAGGGAAAAUCAUCGUUCAGUGUAAUGAGGGCUCUGUUAUUUUCUUCUACAGUGUCCUGGGUUAUAUGGGGCUUCUGGCAGCUGUUAGUUUUAUUAUGGCUUUUUUAGCCAGGUCAUUACCGGAUAGUUUUAAUGAGGCCAAACACAUCACCUUCAGCAUGCUGGUGUUCUGCAGCGUUUGGAUUGCGAUGAUCCCGGCCUAUCUGAGCACCAAAGGGAAGAACAUGGUAGCCGUAGAGAUUUUUGCCAUUUUGGCUUCGAGCGCUGGGAUUCUGGGCUGUAUAUUUUUCCCCAAGUGCUAUAUUGUGUUGAUAAAGCCAGAAAUGAACACUAAAACACAUCUAAUACAGAAAAGGAAUAAGCAGCCAGUAAGUCAUAUUUUUCUUGUAAAGGGAAGUAAGCGCUGAUUUGAUGCAAAGUACACUAUUCUGUAGUCUCAUACUGGAAAGUCUUGUGAAAUAAUAGGAUAAGGGGAAUACCCGGGUCAACUGCACACAUCCCUUCCAGUGCUGGUGGUUUGGG